CAAUUAGCAACGGCAAUUAUCGCUAGUGAUAUUAGCGUCACAAUUACACACUGUAACAGUAGCCUAGGCCAGGUUGCGCAAUCCCACUCGUCUGUUACAGCAUUUAGCGACACUGCAUGGGUGACCAACAUUUUCGUUCUCAUUUCUCAAAUGUCUUGCUUUAGGACUAGCACAGUGGAUGAUGUAGGCAGCAGCAAAUCUUCCUUACCCACCAUUUUUGAUUCUCUACAUUUCUAAACCCUAAUUCCUAAUUUUAUCCCAAUUCACAGAUUUAAGAAGAAAUGAAGAGGAAGCGUAGUCGAUCUAAACCUAAAAAAUCUGUUGCGAAAAAGCCCAAUGUGGUGAAUGCUGAUGAGGAAGCUUUCCUGAACAGCGUUGGCAAAAAUGUCGGUGAAAAUUCUGUGCCUGAUCGACUUAACAACCAUGGGUUUAGUCUGCAUCAUUCUAAAAAGAAUGCUAGUUUAUCGUCGUCGUCUUCUUCAUCUUCGUCCUCUUCUUCAGAAGAAAGUGAGGGGUUCCGCUUCGAGGGAGGAGGUGGUACUGGUUUUGAUGAACCAGCGAUUGGUACUAGGGUGACGAGAUCAGCUAACAAACGUGGUCGGCCUAAUAAGGGGGAAGUUUUGAGGAAUGGGUCAAGUGCUGCUGCUACGCCGUCUAAGGGAUUGGGUUCUUCGAGCAGGAAACAAGCACCUUCGAAGAACCUUGCUCAUGAUUCUCGGAUUAACAAGAAUGAAUUGAAAGCUGCCUUAGCAGUGAUUAAGAAGGUGAUGGAAAUGGAUGAGGCUGUUCCUUUUAAUGCUUCUGUGGAUCCUGUUUCUCAGGGAAUACCUCAGGAUUAUUUAAAUGUGAUAGAUCUGCCAAUGGAUUUUGGAACAAUAUGUAGCAAUCUUGAAAGUGGGGUUAAGUACCUGAAUUCUGAAGAUGUGCACAAGGAUGUGGAGAAAAUUUGGAAGAAUUGUCUCAAGUAUAACAAAAAGAGCGACUACAUUGUGUACCUUAUGAAAAGGGUGAAGAAAAAGUUUAUGAAAUAUUGGAUCGCUGCCAGACUAUGUAGUGAGUUACUGAAGAAGCCUGAUGGACAUUCUCACGUGCCACAACCGCCUGUUACAGUCCUUCCCAUGGAGCAGGGAAAACAAACAUCCAAGUGUUCAGAUGCCCCUUUGAUGAGUGGCCGAACCUGUUCCCAGCAACAACAGCACCGACCAAGCUCACGUUAUCUGCGGCAGUCACAGCAGAGCACUGGCCAGCCACAGCCAUCUCACUCGCAUAUUGGUGCGGGUAUUAAUAAUGCAGUGGAUCCCAUGUUUACCAGCAUGACCCAACCACAACCUCGACAUGAUCAUCUGAGCCACCGCCAAGCAAGUGAAUCAAAUCAGCCUCAGGCAAGCAUUAUGCAGCCUAAACCACUCACUAUUUUAGGCAUUUCUAGUGCAGGUAUGCCACAUGUGGAUGCUAGCAGGGGAGAAAGAAUGCAUAUGCAGAGGCACACUGCAGUCCCUUUUUCUGAAAUCCCAUUGGCCUUGGGCCUCUCUGGGAGCCACAACCAACAACAUAGGUCUCAGCAGUCCACACAUGAGACACAGAGGAGGGUUCGAGGCCCUACUCAGUGCCGCUUCAUGUUGGACAUGCCUGAUGGUGAACGAAUAUUUGUCCCCAUCAACAUGCAGGGACAGCCUGUUGGUCCUGAAGCAUCAAAGCUGGCUUCCUUUUUGGGCAUUGUUGCACGAAAUGGUAAGAUGGCACCACUUAAUUUUCUGGACUGGUCAGCAAUGCCAGAUGCAAUCAAAGAGGACAUGUGGCAGUUUGUGCAGAAAAAGUUUGAGAUUGACCCCAUGUGCAAAACUUGGGUGUUGAAGUCCCUUGCAUCAAAAUGGAGGAAUUGGAAAGCAAAACUGAAGGCUGACCAUUAUAACCCUCAUACAACUGAUGAGGAACGAUUGAAGGACUGUAACAUAAGAGUCCUUCCUGAUCAAUGGGCAGCCCUUGUAUAUCAUUGGAACUCUGAAGAGGUGCAGUUGCGCUGUGCUAAAAAUAAAGCCAACCGUGCAAAGCAGAAGAGUGCCCAUGCUGCAGGCUCAAAGAGCUUUGCAAGGAUAUGUGAGGAAGAGCGUGCAAAGAGGCCUGACGGAAAGGCACUUACUAGGGGAGAGUUGUACAUCAUAACCCGCACACGAAAGGAUGGACAACCUGUGGAUAAAAAAGCAGAAGAAGUAAUAACAAAACUCCAGGAGCAAGCAACUCAAAAACAGCACACUUCACAUAGAAGCAAUGACCAUGAUGACACCCACUGCCAAGUCACGGGAGAAGAAAAACGUGGCCGUAUGCACAUGCUUGGGUUGGGUCCCAGUCCUGCUGAUCUUUUGGGCCAAAAGCUCAGCCGUUCUAGUCACACGAAGAUGGCUUUGGAGACCAAAGGAUCACCUAAUGAAAAGGUAAGCAAGAUGUCAAACAAAAUGGAGGCUAUGGAGCAAAAGUUUGCAUCCCUGGAAGCCCAGAUAGGUAGGAUGACUUCACAUUUGCAGAAUCUCGUUGACAAGAUGGCGGGUGCCUCGGGUACAAAACAGGUUCCUACUAAUGCUCCUGAGGGUUCACCGCAGGCACAAGCAUACUCCUCAUCAUCAAGUCAUGAAGUUCAAUCUAAUGAGAUUGACUAUAGGCUAUAGAGAGGCUUGAUGCUCGCAGGAUUUGCCAACUUACGUCUAGGAUUAUCUUUUCAUCUCUUGAAAUAUUUGUUUUUGUGGGAUGCAUGAAAUUAUUGCUAGGCUUCGUGGAUUGAACCCUACUGUUUUAGAUUGGACAUGUAAACCUCACUGCUAGCCAAGCUUUCUGUCUUGUAUUGUUCAUAACUGGGACACUCCUUGUGUUUUGUUGAUUGUAAUCAGAGUUUCAUAUGUUCUUUUUGGAGUGACUGCU